AUGCAUGAAUGGUUGGAAGAACACAAAGAAGAGAUUGUUGAUAACAUAGUGGAAGAAGUGAUUAAUGGUGCAGGACAAAUUAAGGAAAUUGAGACAGGCCAUUUGGAUGAGGAUGAGGAUGAAAAUGAAGAUGAGGAUGAUGAUAAGGAUGAGGAUGACCAUAGGGCCGAGGAUGUGGAUGCUGAUGAAGAUGAGGAUGACCAUACCAACCCUCAUUUUUUCAAAAAGGAUAAUGGACCUGAUGUCGACAUGGGUGAGAAUGCAGCUUUGGGUGACCCUUUGGAAGAAGCCAUGGAUGACGAUGAAGACGUUUAUCCUCAGCUGCCCAAUAUUUUCAAUGAAAAGCUGCACUGGAAGGAGCAGGAACCUGUGUUAGUUAUGAGGGUAAACGAAUCCGAGCAAGUGGUGAGGGUUAAUGAAGCUGAGCAAGUGGGCAGGGUUAAUCAAGUUGAGGAACUGGGCAGGGUUAAUCAAGUUGUUGGCCAUGUGUAUACUACAGGUCAACCAAGUAAGAGGAAAAAGUAG